AUGCCUGCACAGAAGAACUCGACUCCCGCCUCAUCUGGUGCCCCCAAGCCAGCGAUGAGCUGGGCUGCAGUGGCCAGAGGUGCUAACCGUCCCUCUGCGACCUCUCCUCAAGCGCCUCCAGCUUCCUGGCCGGCCCUUCCAGGCGCGCGUCAGCCUGCUGGUCCUCCACCUCCCCCCAAGCCCACCCCGAACCGCCCCAACGUGCCACAGGAUCGCGACGCCCCUCGACAGACCAACUCCCACGAUCCCUGCAGCCCGACCCCGACCGACGGACUCGCAGCAGACGAGCCGAACAACACUGCCCAAGCCCAAGCGAACCCGAACUGGCAGCCCCUCCCGCCCAAUACGUUUGCGGACGACUGGGAUUCGCGAAAGAAGGGGAAGGCCAAGCGUGCUGUCCACUACACGUCCCCGGACCACGCCGACCGCCUGGUCUGGGCCCUCGACAACGAUGCCCUGCUCGUCUGCAUCGACGUCGAGAAGUGGAUGGUCCCGCCCUGGAUGCUCAGUGGGCUCGAACGCGCGCGCAAGAUCAGCACGCCGACAGAGCUGGGAAUCAGCGUCUCCGACCCCCUGGACCUGCCGCCCGCCGAUCGACUCAACCUCAACCAGCGCAUCCUCCAUUCCCGCGCUCGACACGUCCGUCUACAAGAGCUUUGCCACCUGAGGAACCCGCGCCGGCAGUACUACAAGGAUGUCUGCAAGAAGGGCUGCGAGAACCACUUCGAGUUCGGGCAGACCGAGUUUGCUUCGAUCGAGCAGACGAAGCAGAUUCUGAGAGAGAUGCUCCUGGUCCCGAGGCGUCCAGAGGACCAGGCCGGCGGCCUCCGGCCCGUGGCCCUCGUGUUCCACGACGGCAGAAACGAUGAGAAGUGGCUGCGGGAGGAAUUCGACGUGGACCUCAACAAGCCGGAGUUCGCUAGCGUCUUCACCGUUGACACCCAGAAGGUCGCUGGCGGCCAGACCAAGGGCAACCAGAUCGGCCUCAUGACGCUGCUUGCCGCUAACAACAUCGCGACGGACCACUCGCACAACAGUGGCAAUGACGCCAUCCGCACCCUGGUCGCCGGCCUCAUCGAAGGCAUCCGCAAGGUCGAGCAGCAGGAAGAGGAGGAGAACAGGCUGUCCUCCGCGGGUACGCCACCGACGGCUGGUUCGGGAUCUCUGGUGAGCGGCAGCGAAUCCGGAGAGGAGGACCAGAUCGUGACGGGGGUGGCAGGCCUCCAGCUUCAGCAGCCGCCGCCGAUGCACCCUUAUGAGGCUCUCGAGGAGGUCCGUGCAAGGUGCCGGGGCGUCCACCAGUUUCCCAGGGCGCAGACCAAGGGCCUUCGGGUCUUCUGCAAUCGCUCUGAUCAUGCUCACAACAGCGGCAACAACGCAUUGGCUGCUGGCAUGAUCGAUGGCGUGCACAAGGUGGAGGAGCUAAAGGAGCAAAUGCUACUCUGA